ACGAUCCUAGAACCUUUAAAUCGGUGUGCGUCAAAUGCCAACUCUACUCGUUCUAUUCAAAAUUUAUCUUUCAGAUCAUGUUGUUGACAGUUUGGCGAAAGCCAAUUAAAUUAAUGUUUUUGUGCAUGUAUAGUAAUUUGUAUUUUUUGUCGGGACCCCGUUAUUGGAGUUUAUCUCUGUGGUCAUGUCUCUGUGGAUAUGUUAUAAAAAAGUAAGAUAAAUAGUUUAUAGAGAGAAUGGUAUCUAGUGUGGGUCAGUGGGGACGAAACGUAAAGGGGACGAAAUGGUAAGGGGACGAAACGACCAGAUACCUCAUGAUUCAUUCGAUUACAUUUGCCACUAGGCUUUAGUCAGGUAGAUUUUAUUUGGCUAUUCUGGAUAAUUGCCAGGUACACGUACGGCCUGAUCAAAAUUAGGAGUGCAGAGCAGUGCAGAGCACACCGAUAAUCACCAUAAUCACAGUUUAUUAACUGUGCCAUAAUCAAUACAAUGGCGUUUUAAAAUGCCUUGAGAUGCAUGCUUUGUUCCUUUAUACUGCCAUAUUCGUGUGCAUAAUGAGCGUUAGAGUUACAAUCAAACAGAGCCUUAUCGGUCCUUUAUCUCUUAAAUCAAUCCUUAUUGAUUAAAUCUUAAGAAAUUUGAUACGUCAAACAGUAUGUGUUCCCAGCGUGGGUAUGAAUUUCACAAAGGAAACAUGCUGCGAAAGAUAAAUGGCGGAUGCGGAUGGGAAGACGGACCGCGGAUAUAAGGAUGAAACGCGGAUUAUUGAUAAAACGCGAGUUUGAUGAUAUAAAGGGAAAUAUGGUUAGAUUUUCACCGAUUAUUGUUUUGAAUUCAACAGGUAAAGAAAGCAUCUGCUGCAACCGAGAAGGCAUGGGAAAAAGCUGGUCAACGACCUGGCAUUCAGAUCUGGCGAAUUGUCAAGUUUAAAGUAAGUUCGGCAGGGAGUCUGCUUCGUAGUUUUGUUAGCCAUAGUGAUAUUGAACGUAUAGUUUAUAUAGAGACUGCCCAUGAGUAUCUUUUAAUAUAUUUAUCAGGACCCAGGUGCAUCUUUCUGUAAAUGUUUGUUGCCUGUAGGUCUAUAGACCUUUUUAAAAAGUCUGCCUGUGACGUAGUUUGCGGAUAAAUAUGAUCAUUUGGCCUAUCAGGCAAGCAAAAUGGCUGUGCGGGGUUUCCUUUAUCCGAAAACUACGACAAAAGGCAGACUUUUUAAAAGAUCUAUUACUUAAGCCCUGGGCAAACUAGGAAACAUUGUUUCCUGCUAAUGUUUCGGCCAUGUUUCCCAAGGCCGGCAAACACUAGGAAACAAUGUUUCCGCAACAAAAAUCGCACUCGGGAAACAUGAAAUGUUUCUGAAUUUGAUAGGAAACAUUUCUGCUUCUCGGGAAGCAAAUUGUGUUGCUGCAACGAUGUUUCCACGGGUGGGCAAACACAGAAACACUUGAGGAAACAUGGCGAAACACAAUGUUUCCGCAACAAUGUUUCCUAGUUUGCCCAUGGUCUUAGUUUCGGGAUGUGCAACUGCAAUGACGUCACAGUUAACAUGUCCAUGUACUUUCUAGGUAACUCACUGGCCCAAAGAGGAUCAUGGAAAGUUCUACAGCGGAGAUUCCUACAUCAUUUUGAGAACGUACAAGAAAGAAAAUGCCGAGGUAAGUUCUUGUAACAUUUUUACUUUUUGUAUUCAAUUGCUUUUAGUUCGGGAGAGCUGGAAAUAACUACGUGGAAAACUCGCCCUUCGUGCUCGUUUUCCCAUUGAUUAUUUUUAUGAAACUUUGCCAACUGAUCUUUUCAGCAAUAACAAAAUGACAACCCGAAAAUUGAGUAUCUUAAAAGCAUAUUUUGAUCAUUAAAACACACAUUUGUGAUAGUAUUACCUGUAUGGAAACAUGGGAAAUGUUUUCUGUUUCUUAAAUAGUAGUGGGCAGGAAAAAAGAAUUUUCUUCCUGGGAACACAACCUGGAGACAAAAAUUUCCUGCAGACCAACGGAGUAUUUUUGUGCUAAAUCUGCAUGUGCAUAAACAUAUAGUGUUCUAGCUGACCAUGGUUUUAAAUUCAAGGAAUAAUGUCUGUGAACCAUAUGUUGUUGCGCCCAAUAGUGUGACAUGGGUGUUAAGGUUUCCUUCAAAUUUUCAAUAGCAAAUCGUCGUUCAAACGAAUUUCCUGCAGCUGUUCAACAUUUCCUGCGAGCACUGCUCGCGUGCUCGUCUAUUUUUCCACCUCUUGUAGUGGUAGAACUUAUCAAUUGUUAUUUUCCCUCAGGAAUUGUUGUAUGAUCUGCAUUUCUGGAUUGGUAAAUAUUCAACGCAGGAUGAAUACGGAACAGCAGCUUAUAAAACUGUCGAACUUGACAUAUUUGUAAGUUUUUUAAUGCCCGUUUAAACCUGUAAUAUUUUUGCUGCGAUUUUAGGUUCGAUAUUCUUCUCCUGGUGGAUAUGAACGAGUGGAAGGAUUAUGAAUGUUUGGAUGAGGAUACAUGUACUCAGAACAUUCGUAACUCAUCUACUCGUUCACAUCCAUCAAAAGACGACAUUAACAUUUCCUGCGAGUAAUGCUCGCGUGCUCGAGUAUUUUUACCAACACACUUCAGUCAUAUAUACCCAUGUUGGACAAGUUGUUGCUUCAAAGAUUUCCAAUAAGUAUUUGUCAUGUAAAGGCAUUGUUGUUCUCUUUAGUUGAACGACAAGCCUGUACAACAUCGCGAAGUGCAACAACAUGAAAGCCAGAUGUUCAAGAGUUAUUUCAACGAGAUCACCAUAAUGAAAGGAGGGUAAGCUUCGAAUGCUUUGCUAUUUAGCAACGAAACGCAAAAACAUGAAACGAAAUAUAGCUGUGAGUAAGGAGCUGCUCAUAUGAACCGAACUGUGCGAAACCAGCCCGGCUUGUAGCCUUGUACGCAUAGCCUACGGGAGGGGAAAAAAUAGGGGCAGAAAAAAAAUUGCUGCCAAACUCAUUACUUGUAUUCUCUGAUCAUUUACAGAGCAGAAACUGGCUUCCGUCACGUUGAACCGACCAAGUACAUACCAAGACUCUUUCAAUUUCGACGUGAGAAGGUAGGUCUCACAAGGUGUUUAUAAAGAAAUGAGCCAACUCAAGUAUCCAAGCUGCUGUAAGAGACGUUUCAAUGUUGAUGAACAUGCCAUAUAUUGGCUUAGUUUUUCACCUUCGUCGGAACAUUAUUGUACUGUAGGAGCGAUUAAGUUCUUCACGAAAACAUGAUUUCUCAUGACACCGGUUAAACUCGAAAUUCCCGUAAAAUGCUUGUAAUUGUUUUCUCAGAAAAGCGCAGUAGUUUGGUUAUUCGAGCUCGCUUGCUACUUUAUAAACAUCUUUUGUUCUUGUCACGCUUUCGCCAUAUUUCAGUUGAAGUAAUACAAGGAACAAAAUUGCUAAAGGCUAAUUUAAUGUUAAUUGAAAAUUACAGUAGGUCCUAAUUUUCUUGCUGUACUACUUUUACGUACUAGUAUUCGAUUCCGGAAACAACAGACAACAGUCACUUUAAAUAGUUGACCGUGCAUUCUCUAGUACGUACGUGCUCUUACAUUGAUCGUGCGUGCCUUAGCGCUGAUUAUAUGCAUUUUCUCAUCGAAAAUACGUGCUCUACAUCCAACAUACGUGCUGUAUCAUCGAGCAUACGUGCUAUAUCUUCGAACAUUCGUGCUCUACAUCCAACAUACGUGCUAUGUCAUCGUUCAUACGUGCUCUAGCAUCCAAUAUACGUGCUCUACAUCCAACAUACGUGCUACAUCAUCGACCAUUCGUGCUCUACCAUCGUUCGGACGUGUUGUGUUGUCACUACUUCCUGCUCCGUCACCGUUAAGACGUUGUCGCGGCUGUUCACACGAGUGGGAGAUCGAGUUGAUGAUGGUCGGUUUGUUCUAUUCCAGACGAGGGUCUCAUGCUGCCGAUGUUCCAUAUGUAAUUCAUACAACACUACGCACAAUACCACACUAUACUACAAGGUAAUACCGGUGACCUCCACGUAGAACUGGACCAGUAACUGUAUUAAAAACCCAACUCAUUGUGUCGACAUACGGGUUGUUUAAUUUUCAAAACUCUCUGCUUUAAAACUUCAGCAAAACAAUGCAAAACUAUUUGCCGUGAAAUCACACCAUCAGACUGUAGAAAAGAAAUGAAGUUAAUCUUAUCAAGUUAACUUCUUCCUCAUAUUUGUUUUCAAUAUUUUCUAUAUCUUCCAGGGAUCUGUUGUCGUCAAAGAGGUGCAAUGCUUCAAAGAAUCUCUGGAUUCUGAUGACGUGUUUAUUUUUGACGCUGGCUUAGAACUCUACCAGGUACGCUGGUGAUCAUAUUUAGGGAGUGGUCAUUAUUAAGGGGUGGUAGGGGUGGAUGAUUUUGAGGAGAGGUUACAAAAUUUUGAAAGUCGCUGAAGGAGGGGUUACGUUCAUUCUUGACUUGAAGAAGGGGGGGGGUUACCAGAAAAAUAGUCUUAACGCAGUUUUGAUAAAUAAUUUAAAAAUUGAAAAAAAUAAUUAAUACACUGUAGAUAAUGAAUAUAUUGUGUUAUCACAUGCCAAGCUGUAAAAUAAACAACUUUAGUCUUAGCCGUUACAUUAAAUUUAUAAAAAUCUAGUUACAAGGUCAAUAGAAGACUUUUUGUUUCAAGUUGAAAUUGCAAUAUUAAAACUCAAUAUUUAUUUUGUUUUUAAUUUAUGUUUAUAUUUGUUACGAUUUCCUUGAGGAGGGGUUGAAAUGUUUUCGAACGUGUGAAUGAGGGGUUGUGAAUUUCAACAAUUGCUCAGGCGAGGGGUUGUGGAAACGUUUAGCUUUAAGUCAUCCAGAUCUCAGUAUAAAUAAGGUCAGCUUGGUUAAGGAAGCGUGCCUCAGUCUGCACUAGUACUAAAUUGCCAGGAUGAAAAUCUGUUGAAAAACGGAAAAGCCAUUGGGAAUACUGUCAUGUUUAUUUUACGUUUUUGUCGUUUAGUGGAAUGGUAAGACCUCGAAUAAAGACGAACGUUUUGCCGCUCUGCAAUAUGUACAGAAUUUGAAGGUAAGUAAGAAAUAUCGUGAAAAUACCAGUGCCAUUUCCCUAUUAUAAAAAGUUCAUUAAUGACAAACUGCAGAUAUACAUGUUUCCGUUUGGCACUUCAUCAGUGCAACUUCCAUACACUGUUUAAAUAGAUGGCGAUGUAUUUAAGAUGGCGCUGUAUUUUUGCGCAUUAUACAUUAAUUAAUUUGCUUGAUCAUGAAAGCAAUGACAUCUGUGCAUCCAUAAUUUCGAGGUUGUUUUCUUUCUUUCCUAGUCUGACAGAAAUGGACGUCCAAAGGUGGAAACUCUGGGUAAGGCGAUUUUUUCCAUGAUCGCGUUUUACUAUAAUUAUAUAAAAGGAUCCUGUUCGUCUGCAUCUUCAGUCUCACUCUGACGGCAGAAUAACCGUUUCGCUCUCAACGGCAGAAUAACUGUCUGGGAUCAAAUCUCCAUCAUCCCUCCAAGGACUUCAUCAAACUUCAUACAGUUCUAGAAUUUGAUCAAAACUUCGGGAUUACCUGUUUCAACAUAAUCUUUUCUUCCAAGUUCUCCGUUUUGAAAUGCUCUUCUUUCCUUUUAGAGGAAGACAGAAUCUCACCUAAAAAUGCCUUCAAUACAAAACUCCCAACCGGAGGUAAACCGAGACAGAAGAAAGCGAGAGUAAGUCCACAUUAACGCCUCUUUUAAUCUUAGGGGGGAGGGGCAGGUUCCCCCUACUCCAAUGUUGGCCCCCUCACUGAAAUAUGUUACCGAAUAAACUAAUUCCUUCCUUUCAUGAAAUUGCAGGAUGAAGUAGAUGCCCCAUCAGAGAAAAAGCUUUAUAAGUAAGUCUUGCUUAUAGAUUUGACAAUUUCAUGGACAGUGUUAUCAAUAAUUAAAAAUACCCCCAAAAAAUAAUUAAUUUACAAUUGCUCUCCGAAAAGUCUAUUGUUACAAGUAACAAAUUACUCUUCUUCAAACUACUUUUCUACGAAUUAGUAAUUAAUUGUGUAAAAUAAUUGAUUACUGCUAAAUAAUUACCUGUCAGAUUACUUUUUACUAAGACUCUAAUAAUUUAGAGUCUUAGUAAAAAGUUUAACUGCUACAAUAUCAAAAAUGCACAUAAGCAACAUACAAAACAAGUCGUAUAAUUCAAUUGCAUUGAAGUUUACUUAUAUAAACAGAGCAAUUUUGGUGCAGUCGCAUGACCAGCUAUCCCUCAACAGACAUUCAACUUCAAUGCCAUUUCCUUCUGAAAUUGCCAGAUCUGGUAACGUUGGUAAAAGAACAUGAAAUUGAGUGAGCCCAGACGAACUAGUUUUUUCAAACUCUUCAGUUAUAUUUCUUAGAUCAGUGUUUAUAUUACAGGGUUUCAGAUGACAGUGGCAAACUUCUUGUGCAAUUGAUAUCUUCAGGAGAACUAAACAAAGAUGAUCUUAAGUCCGAAGAUGGUAUGCAUUGGUAUGGAUCAUAAAAAAACACUUGCAAAAAUUAGAUUUUAAUUUGGAUAAUUUUAAUUUGGUUAUUUAGCUUUUGUCGUUGAUCAAGGAAAUCACGUGUUUGUGUGGAUUGGUUCACGUGCGAGUGAGGACGAAAAGAAGAAUGCCUUACCAAUGGCUCACGUGAGUUUCCAAUAACCAGAAAUAUCUUGUAUACUGAAAACGUCAUUCAAAAGGGGGAAGCAGGAUUCGUACGAGUCCUGGAAAACCUGGAAAGUCAUGGAAUUUCAAUAUUCCAAAAUCCAGGCCUGGAAAUCCUGGAAAAUCAAUUAUAGUCAUGGAAAGUCAUGGAAAAUUGAAAUUUUACAUAACAUUAAUAACAAAGUAUUUUACUUAUUUCAAUUUACCAGUCAUAACAAUAAUAUGAAUUGUUGUUAUAUAACAGAUUUUUGCGAGAGCGAAGUGAAUUUCCUUCUUUUAUAUUAUCUGUUAUCGUCAAAAUAUUAACGAAUUUCAGAAAUUCCAGACUUCCAGGUCAUGGAUUUUGAAAAAAAUGGUCAUUGGAAGUCAUGGAAAAGUCAUGGAAUUUGAAAUGGGAGAAGGUGUACGAACUCUGGGGAAGGGAGACACCUAGCAGCAUCAAUAAAAAUAAUUUCGUACUGUGGACCAAACGUUGUGGAAUAUUUGGUGACGUUUUCCAGCUAUUUUAUGCAACUAUUGUAGUUUUCAGAUCAAUGAUGGUGUUCACUGUUCAUAUCAGUGAAGAUUAAUCACUACUUCAUGUUAUUUCUGUUGUAGUUUUACCUGCAGCAAACUGAUCAUCCUUACGCACCUACAACAGUGAUUGUCGAAGGCAAAGGAGAAAGCAAGGAAUUUGACAGCGUCUUUGAAUAGCCAUCUUUCGCUUCUUGUUUAAAUGGUAAGCAAUUUUUGCUCUAUGGCUAAUUUCCGUUACAAUUUUGGCCGUGAAAGUGUCCCUGAACUAUUCUACCAGUUCAUUUGAUCACACGAACCAAUUCAUUUGAUGAAUUCCCAGCGGGCAAAAUGACGUUUAUCCAACGUUGAAUCAACGUUGGAAAUGACCUUCCAGACGUUGGAUAGACGUUGAAAAAGGGUUGACUAUGCAAAUUGGAUCGACGUUACUGUUUCGACGUUGAAACAACGUUGAAAUUAGGUUGCCAAUCUCGCCAACCAUAAUUCAACGUUGAAUCCACGUUAAAACGUUGAGAUUGGUUCACAAAUCGACGUCGUACAUUUAACCAUGAAUGAACGUUAAUUCAACGUCUGUUGGCUGCUGUUGAACCAAUGUUUGUAAAACAACGUCAGGGCAACGUAGAUAUUAGGUUGUCGACGUCGCAACCUUUUUUCUACCAAAUUUCAACGUUGAAACAACGUCGUGUGCCCGGUGGGUUCUUUCAGUAAACCUUUUGGGAGUGGAUGCAGAAUAUUUUUACUCCAAAAUUCAAUAGACAAUUCCCAUUAUAGACUAAUUUUAAAACUUGGCAAGGAGACUCAAAUAAAUCACCACAGCUAGAAAGAGCAUACUAAAAUGAGUAAAAUUGCAAAGUUUGGUUGCGAAAUGUUGUAAAAUGUUGGGAAAUAUAGCCUUGCAAAGUUCGCAAAUUUUGUAUACUUUUGUAUUGCGUGCGGAAAUUCCUACCACAUUCCUACCACAUUUAGGCCGAAAAUGGCCGCACGCAAUACAAAAGUAUACAAAAUUUGCGAACUUUGCAAGGCUAUAUUUCCCGCAUUUUAUAACAUUUCGCAACCAAACCUUGCAAUUUUACUCAUUUUAGUAUGCUCUUUCUAGCUGUGGUGAUUUAUUUGCAUCUCCUUGCCUAGUUUUAAAAUUAGUCUAUAAUGGGAAUUGUCUAUUGAAUCGUACCAUUAUGUGUAGGUUAUAAACUGUAUUUCUAUAGGCCCUUUCUAAACGAGAAGCAGAUUUUAAAGUUAUAUUUUCCUUUACCCUUUACUGGCAACUGCAUUUGUGUUUUCAGAACAGCACAAAUAGAUUUAGAACUGUAUAUUUUGUGUAGAACUGCUGCACGUUAAAAAUUUUUGGUUCCUUUUUUAGAAUUUUCCUCAUGGUGGUUUUGUGUCCCUGACUCGCUAGUAUAUAUUGGAGGCUGCCAGUAACUUUAAUCAAUAUUUCAAACAAAAUAGUUAGAUAAUUGUACCAUUUUUUGCGGCAAGCUGAACUAGAAUUUAUUAUUGAAAUAAAAGGUUUUUCAAAUUUAAUUGUUCUGAAAUUUUAUUAUGUAUAUGGG